GACUCCUUUCCUCGACAGUAAGGUUGACUGCCAGAUUCAGCUGGAGUCACCUUCGGGGUUAGAGGCGACCCAGGAUCGACUGCUGUGUGAAUAUGCACAUCGGGCUGUUGCUCCGAGAACCUGAUUGCUGUGAGAGCGAUACGAGGAUGCCGGAGAGCAUGGCGGUGAUGCGAUUGCAAGUGGUCAGAUGACAUCGAUGGGGUCGGGCAGAGGACUGACUCCCCAGGCCAGAGUGCCAGGGGCCCGAGUCCAUAGGACGGACUUAGAGGACGGUCAGAGCAAGACGACUACCAGCGGCACGAAGCCGGAUGGGUAGUGAUGGGCGAAUCCCGAGAGCCCGAGAGCCCUUCAUUGGUGUGAGGUCGCAGUGCGAGUUUGGCGCUGUGACUUAUAUGCCUGGCGAGGCCUCGUACAACGUCAAGUUGAUCGUUGACGUUGAUCGAAGCGUCGGUGGACAUAUGCGACUUUGGUCGCGCCGGUCAGCGCCGAGGCCGCAGGCGCCGUGUUGGCAGCCAGUUGGAACGAGCGCGAUCGAGGAAAGCAAAUCAAAUACCCCAGGACAUCCUCGCGUAUCUACACUCGCCGGAUUCCCUCGUAGAUCCCUAUCUCUGUCGUGCCUUGCAUUUGGGACCUACUGUUGAUGAGAGAACACUUGUGGAGUCCAGUUUGGUGUGGAUAUGCCCGUGUAUAACUUGGUUCUGUCAAUUCAACCGUUGUUGUGCAUUACACCCGCUCUGCGUGAUUUUCGGAGAAGAUGACUGGACCUGUCGGGAGAGCUUGCCUGCAUGGAGCGAUGUGCUACGGUGCAAGUACAAUCCCAGCAAAGCGUCGGAGUGAAAGGUGUGUCGUGUGUCUACCUCUGCGUCACCGUCGACAUCGACAGCCCACUCAUCCGAAGUCCAU